ACCAUAUAAAUUGUUGUAUGACGACUUGUUGUGAUAGGUGAUAUUUGCCUGUGUUGUAGGUGGACAUACUGCGGUCAGAGCUGGAGGGGACCCGGUCUGACAAUGCAAACCUUCGCCAUGAGAGCCAGCUGGUCAUGACUAAUGUCAACCGUUGGAUAACUGAACAGAAAGCUUCCAGUGAGAGCCUCGCUGCCCAGAUGAAGGCCCAAAACAAAGUGCUGCUCAUCGUCACCAAAGAGAAGGAACAUCUCCAGGACGCUAAUGACACAUUGAAGGCGGAGGUAAAGAGACUAAAAGAUGUGGCGGAUGAGAAGGAGAGAGACGCGGAACACUUCAAGGCCCGGAUCCAAGACCAGGACAUCCAGCGAGACGAGAGAACGAUGGAAAAGCAGGGUUGUAUGGCUCUAAACCUCAGCAAAAUCGAGGACAUGCAGACCAGACUGCGACGCAACCUGGAGGCCAUCGGAAUGCUAAAUCAACAAUUGAACUCCCUGGGCAGGGAGAAUAAGCGGUUGCGUAGGCAGCUGGAGGAGGAGAGGUCCAUGCGUCCUCCUCCCACAUCCCAGCAGUGCUCCUCUGUCCACCUCCCCCUCUCUCUCAGUGUCCGCCCACCUCCUCCCUCCACCUCCCUACCCUCAUCCCUCUGCCUCCCUCAUCCCCUGAGCCUGGACCCAGCGACAGCGGACACCCACGACAGGAUUCUAACCCAAACCAAGGUGAGCAGAGCCGGGCUGGGGAGACCAGGUGAGUCCGAGGCUUUGGGUGAAGCGUUCUGGAUUAGGCCCACCACCUCUCUGGAAGAUGCUCGGUCUAGGAGGACAAACCGGGAUCUGAACAAAUGAAGCCCCCUGAAGACUUUGACCUGUCAUGACUUCUUGACCCCCAGCUCCUCACCAGGGAGUGCACUCAGUAUGAGGUUAAUGUCCUGCAGGUCAAAGUCAAGUCCCAGGGUGCUUUUUGCCUGAGGGCGGCUCCAGAAGCAGCGAAUGAUGGAAUUCCCUCAAAUCAUCAAAAAUCAACUCUCGAGUACUGUGCCAUGAAGAGAUUUAUUCCAAGAACACAUAUUUUUUUACAGAUUUAAAAUCUGACACUUAACAUAAAAAAGCAAUUGACUGCAUCCUGCUCUGAGCAGUGGUAGCUUAUAACAUUAGCAAAUACUUCCUCAAAUAAUGAUCUUGUUUUGCAAGAAGACUGUAGCACUAAGCACUAAAAUAUUUUUUGCCUGCACUUAUUUAAAAAUUCCGACAUUUCGGAUGAGCUAUAAUCAAUUUCACUCAACUUAAAUAGGCAAAUGAGCUAAACAGAACAAGUGACUAACUGCAAAUUCUUUAGUGUUGAUGAAUGUGUCUCACACUGCACAAGAGAGAGUUGUGCGUUGGAUAAAUGAGGGAUGGCACAUCAUCAGUAUCCACAGACAUACCUCAGAUGUGGAUGUGGACGGCUGUAACACAGUCUCUGAUUACGCCGCAGCUGUGCGCCAUGUGUCCUGCAUCUACUGCGGUGACUGUGGCCGUGUGUCUGUAUGUGCGAGUACAUUAUGUGUCUGCGUGCUUCUGUCUCUGUGUAAGUGCCUGCGGGUGAGCAUGUGCUCAUGUGUGAUUGAGUAUAUUAGAUGUUUAUUGUCGUAGACGUUGUUUUAUAUUUUGUUUUAUACUUUAAAAACUAUUUAUUGAUUUCUCUCUGUUGCUGUUUUCGAGCCCCCGCGUUGUAAAAACGGGAAAAAUAAAAACAGAUGCAUUUGUAAGUGGUCGUACC